GCAGCACGGCGCGAUCACUGGAGAUUGUCCCAGCGCAGCCCCAGUAGCAGCCCGACGCGGAGGACCAUGUGACCGCCAACGCACGUGACACAUGCAGAGGACUCGUGAAGACAUACAGGAAUCAAUACGCCGGUUCCUAGUGCCACUCAUAGAGGAGAAAGAGCAGGACGCCGGCAUGUCAUCAAGGCAGAGUCGCAAAGAUACAUCCGCAGCAUCACCAGAUGUUCCAUUUAAGACAUUUUCACAGAGUAAAACACUUAGCAUUUCAAGCAACAAGAAGGCAUUUUACAACCCAAAAGGAGAAGCCGGUACUCACUCUAUUUACAAAGGCCGGGCUGAGUUUCCUGCACCUCCAGCACAGGCCCGGACACCCACCCAAUGCCUCCUGACCCCCCUGCCCACCCUGAUGCUGCCCUUCAUGAAUCCGUGUCCACUAUGCGAUGAAGCUAAAGAAGAGCUUGCGCCAUAUAUGGAUAAGUUUGUUUUAGAACAAGUGGACAUCACACUUCCAGAGAACACUGCCUGGUAUGACCGCUACAAACAUGACAUUCCAGUGUUUCACCUUAAUGGACAGUUCCUGAUGAUGCACAGAGUAAACAUUAAGAAACUGGAGAGACACCUUCAAAAGUUGGAGCAGAAAGAUGCAGUUUCAUAAGUCUUAAGAUUUUGUAUUUACAUAUAAAGAGUUUCAUGCUGGAUGUCAACAUGGCUUCUAAACCUUGGAUUGUAUCAAAUAGUAGAUUUUACUGUUAACAUUGAAAAAAAAAAAAAGAAAUUGUCUCUGAUGGUCAGCAUGAUCAUAGUAAACCUAGAAAGUUCUUACAGCGGUACUCUCCCCUAGACAUUUUAUCCCCUAUUCAAAGGACCCCGACGAUCUCCGUGCAGCACCCGGCAUUCUAAACAGUAUGUCAUGCUGCAAAAAGAUUGCGGGGGAUCCCAGCGGCGGGACCUUGCUGGGGUGGAGAACCACUUUAACUUGUCCAGACAGAGGCUGAUACUGUUUUCCCAUAAUGUUUUGUGUCUAUAUAGAUUUAGUCAAUUACUGUGUUGGCAUAAAACCGUAAAUUCUGUCAGAUCAAAUCGAAUACUUCUAAGGCCACUUUUACAAUUUCUGUGUGAAUUCUAGAGAAAUUAAGACAAAAAAGGUGAGUCAGUUCCAAAUAAGUCCAGUUUAUUAACUAGUGAAUGCCUAUUAACUUGUUUCCACAUUGGCCAGUUUUUUUACUUUCAUUUUUGUUUUUACAUUUUACCAAUAGGUACACAAUGGACUUUUAAGAGAUCUCACAUACUGUUGGCUCGCGGUGACAAUUACACAUUUGAGUCUCCCUCUCACCAACCUAUGUACAGUAACCCCUCGAGAUACGAUGGCCUCACCAUACGUUAUUUUCAACAUACGAUGGCCUCUCAGAGGCCAUCGUAUCUUGAAAGCAGUAUCGGCAUACGAUACUUUUUGUCGGGGCCAUCAUGAAAAUAAAUGGUUCUCCGGCGACGCUGGCGCCGGGCCGUUUCAACAGAGCACUAUCGCGGAGGAGCGUAGUUUCAAAUCUCGCGGGUAUGUCAUGUGACGUUACAUCGUCACAUGACAUUGCCGCGUCACACAGAGAUUCACUCUGACGGUCUGCUGCGGGCUAGGUGCUGUACUGUACAAAAAAGAGUGGUGAGUCCUCUCCUCUCCCCGGCCCAUUAACCCCAUGCACGUUAAACCCCCCCCCCCCCCCCCGGACCCCUUAACCUGUUAACGACCAUGGACGUGUUUACACGUCCAUGUGCCGUUAACGGGGUAUGGCGCGGGCUUCCGACUGGAGCUCACGCCAUACCGGUCGGCCCCCAGCUGAUGCCUGUAGCCGGGGGCUGGCGUUAAUAGCAGACAUGCGGCGAUCGCCGCGGACGGCUAUUAACCCUUUAGAUCGCCGCUGUCAAAUUUUAUUGACUCAGGAACCAAUUACCAGUUUUCCAUAGAGAUAUGUACUCAACAUAUGAUGGUCUCGGGGCUCCGGAACAAAUUACCAGUUUUCCAUAGACAUAUGUACUCAACAUAUGAUGGUUUCAACAUACAAAUGGUCCCCCUGGAACCAAUUACCAUCAUAUGUUGAGGGACCACUGUAUUCGUCCCCCCUCCCCUCCCUCCCCCCUUUGGCUGGUCCCUUGGCAAGUUAAAUGAAGGGACGCUGCCGCUUUAAAACAUCUGCGCGUAUGCACGCCCGACGUCACAGACGUGUCCCUGUCCCGGCUGCUACCGGUAAGCAGCAGAAGGAGAUCCCGCCGCCGCCGGGAGCUGCAGCUUCAGUUGCGGAUGCUAUGAAGGUGGGGAAGUGCUGGUUUAAUAUGGCAGAGGGGUGGGGGGCACUGUAGGAGUGUGGAGGAUGACGGG